AUGCGCGGCAUCUUCAUCACAGUUCUCGCCCUCGUCGCGGCCUCCGCCGCCCAGUUCACCGGCCCUUGCACAGACAGCAACUGCGGUGUCUCUGGCGAAAACUGCGAAGCCGAGGGCCGCCAGUGCUUCCCCUUUCCCAAUGUCAACCCCGCGCUCCGCGAAGGCUGCGUCUGUGGUUCUGCCUGUCAUCUCAUCAUCCCUCCCAGGUUUUCCGGCCGCCAUAAGAAUACAUGCAUCCUGAAAACACGGGUUCAGGACUCGGGCUGGCUUUGA